AUGGAGGCAGCCAUUUACAAACACGCGCAGGAAACCCCCGACGCUAUCGCUGUCGAGGAUGAAACCAAUUCUCUGAGCUACACCGAGCUAGUAGGAGAGGCAAGUCAUCUAGCGCACGAGUUGGGAGACAUCCAGCCCGAAGAACCCGUUGGCAUCGUCCUCGCAAAUGGCAUGUACCAAGUCGUGGCGCAGCUGGCAGUUCGCUUUGCUGGAGGGAUGUGUGUUCCACUGGAGCCAUCGAUACCGGAGGAGCGCAUGAGAGACCUAUUGGGCGAGGCCGGGGUCAAGGCCAUCCUUGUCGACGAAAGCCUCUCACUGGACUGGCCAAAUUGGAGACUCAUUCCCUUCCGAACCCCAACAGGUGGGAAGGCACUAGAUGGCGAGCCACCCAAAGGGGUCAAGAACCCAUCCGAGCGAAGUCACAUUCUCUUCACGUCGGGGUCAACCGGGAAACCUAAGCCAGUGCAGAUCCGAGCAGAAGCCAUCCUGCAUCUUGCGAACAAAACACCAACCACUCCUCUGCAAAAGAGCGACCGCGUCGCCGAAUUCAACAACCCGGGAUUUGACCUGAGCUUGUAUGAGAUCUGGGCCACUCUGAUCGCGGGUGCCACCGUUGUCUCAAUCCCGCGGGACACGGCCCUCAGCCCUGGUGCACUGGCAGAAAUGGUCUCAAAGCACCGGCUGACGGUGAUGAUCAUCACGACCGCGUUGUUUACAAUCACCAGCACUCAGGACCCCGCGGCAUUUGCUUCUCUCCGACACGUCAUCACUGCAGGGGAUGUGGCGAAUGUGCGAGCCAUGCGCAACGUACUGAAGAACGGCGCUCCAGAGCACCUUUGGAAUGCGUAUGGGCCGACAGAGUGUGCAACCUUGGCCACCAUGCAGGAGGUUACACUUGACGAAACCGACAGGGGCCGGAUUGGCAUUGGCAAGGCAGUAGGGGAGCUCGAGGUAGUCUUGCUGGAUGAGGACCAGAAUCCUAUCCAUGAAAGCGGCAAGCAAGGGGAGAUCCACCUUGGCGGACCCCAACUGACGCCGGGAUAUUUAAACCGCCCACAAGAGAACAAAGAGCGGUUUUUGAAUCUAAGCAGAGAAGACCUAGGUCUUCCCGGGAAAGGGAAAGUCCGUCUUUACAAGACCGGCGACCUAGCUCAGUGGCGCGAGGAUAACAGCGGCCUCGACUUCUUCGGUCGGAAUGACUCGCAAAUUAAGCAUCAAGGGUUCCGGGUUGAGCUUGGCGAAAUCGAGCGAGCAUUGAUGUGUCAUGACGCGGUCCAGUCUGCGUUUCUCAUUCACCAGCCCCCUCUCGACGAAGGAGAGGAACAUUCUCUGGUUGCCUUUGUGUCCGCGCAAGAUCUGGACAAGAAGCAGCUAUUGAGUUACGCCCGGGAGCACCUUCCUCAUUACAUGGUUCCAACCGAUGUCCAAUUCUUGACCGAGUUUCCACUGACACCUAACGGUAAAGUGGACCACCAGAAGCAAGACCAAAAGCAAAACAAGCCCGAGACAAACGGAGGGAUGACGAACGGAGAAGAGUCACACCAUAAAGUUGACAAACUUCGUGGUCUCUGGGCACAUCUGUUACACCUCUCCGAGGAUGUUCAGGAUGAUGAUGACCUCUUCCUGCUGGGUGCCAGUUCACUCCAAGCCGCGUCGUUGAUUGCACAAAUCAAGAAGGAGUUCGACGUUCUUGUUUCGAUGCACGACCUCCAUAGACACUCCCGGUUUGACCAGAUGGUACAACUAUUACAGCCCAGCAAGCCUAAGGAUAACAAGGCACCCGACCACACCGUGGACUGGAUGAAAGACGUGCGGCUCGUUGACGAGAUCGACAUGGUACCCCAUUGGGAAGCUGAAGGCGAAGGACGUGUGCUCGUCACCGGUGUGACCGGGUUCCUAGGCUCUCACCUUCUCGCCCAACUGAUGCAGCGACCGGGCGUGAAGCAAAUCGCAUGCUUGGCCCGUAGCAAAGGAGACGUGAAUGCCUGGACCCGCGUUCAGCAGGCUCUUGAGCGAUACGAUCUGUGGCCCAACAGCUUUGAAAUGACACGAAAGAUUCUGGUCUUGGAAGGGGACCUGACCGAUUGGCAUCUGGGACUAGGGCAGGAAAAGUUCACGUGGCUCUCAAACUGGGCCUCCGUGAUCUUCCAUCUCGGGGCGAAGAUCAACUUUUGCGAAUCGUAUCAGGAGCACCGCGCGGCAAAUGUUUUAGGGACGCGGAAUAUACUUCACCUGGCCGGAACCGGUCGUCGCAAGGGCUUUCAUUAUGUUUCUAGCAUUGAUGUCUGGGGCCCAACAGGAAACAUCCUGGGAACAGAACAGGUCUACGAAGAUGAGCCCCUACAGCCACACAUUCACGCGCUGCGAUAUGACCUGGGCUAUGCCCAGAGCCAGUGGACCGCGGAGGCGAUGGUGCGCCGAAUGAGAGACCGCGGCCUGCCGGUAACCAUAUAUCGGCCGGGGUUUGUUGUCGGACACAGCGAGACAGGAGCUAUGAAUCCGGACGAUUUCGUCACCCGACUACUGGUGGGCUGCAUCAAGGCUGGCGCUUCUCCCAGAUUGGCCGACCAACGUCUGGAGUACACGACAGUGGACUAUGUAAUCGACGCGAUGAUGGCUAUCGCGACCCGCAACGAGAAUCUGGGUCGAUCCUACAGCCUGCUGUCACCGGAUGUCACCAAGUCUGUUAACGUCGAGGAAACCUGCGAUGUUCUCAACGAGGCGGGUUACUCCGUCCAAUUGCUCGACUAUAAUGACUGGCUCGCCAAGGUAACCGACGGGAGUCAUGACGCCUUGUUGGUGCCGUUGAUGCCCUUGUUCCAGGAGCGAGUGUUAGGGAAGUUGACAAGAUGGGAGGCAAGCUGUUACAGUCCGGUCUAUCGCUGUGACAACACAGUUGAGGCGCUUCGGGAUCACCCAGAGAUCAAGUUCCGUCCAUUCGACGCCUCCUUGGUGAAGAAGUUUAUUGCUUUUUGGGAGCGGAAGGGGUUCCAUCAUAUUUCAGGUGAAAAGGCUUGA